GCGCAAAGCGAGAUGUCACUGUGAGGGCUUGUUUCACCCUCUUACAUAAGUCGUAUCUUAUUCAAAUUUUGAAGGUAUAUAGCCGGAAGCUUCCUAAAUACUUGUAGAAAGUUUCGUGGAAAUCCAUCAGCCGGCUUAGAAGUUAUUGGACGUAGAGUAUAUAGUUGUCAAGUUCGCGCAGAGGAAGACGUCGUAUGGACCUGGUGAGUCCAUCGGUCCCGGGAUGGUCGCGUUUUCUUGUUGUCUCAGUGCUGGUGCAGCCGCGAACCGCGUGCGAAGCUGCCUUCGGAUACGGCGUUAGAGCCACGGGGUUGUCGGCGAGAGUGCGGAGGACGUGCUACCCCUUAUAGGGGGUGCCCAAUUCUCAGGAGAUAUGAAAGGACAUGGCAUAGGAUUACUGGUAUUGCUGUUCGGAACUUAUAGCACAAAUGGGCAAUUUCAAAGUAAUCAACCGUCAAACCAGCGUGAAUUCGGAUUUCCAUCGGACUUUGACGACACAGAAUACGACGAUCGGGGAGACCAAGAUCCGGUAGACGACGACACGUCAUCCCACAUUGACCCUUAUGAAGCGUCGAGACGGCACGAAACAAGGUUCGGAGGUGGAAGGGCUUACCAGAGCAGACAGGAAGGGCAUGACACCACAGGGGAGUACGAUAAGGAGACGACACUUCCACCAAAUGCUCAAGGAGGGCAGCAUAGGGGUGCCGCCGUCUAUGGAAGCAGGAGGAUCUCUUACGGAGUGACUGGAGGUCCGCCAUACAGGUCCCAACAAGGCAGUGGCGGCGCAUACAAUUCGGUGCAAGGUUCGUUAGGCACAGCAGGAUCGUACGCGGGAGGCCAAGCGAACAUUAGAGGAGACCUUGGAGCUCCAUCGCCAUACAGUAGCUACAAUGGCAGUGUGUCCUUGAGCGGACAGGCUUCUAGGGGGUCGUACGACGCCGCAGGAAGAGCCCAAGGGGCUUACGGAACUGUAGGAGCCACUUACGGUGCCGCAGGAGCUUACGAUUCCAGGACAGCAUAUAAUGAAAUCGUGGAGGCGACGAUCGGGGCUAGGGCCGAACUUAGAUGCAGAGUCCAGGACAAUCAAGGAAUAAGAUAUGAGAUCAGGUGGUCCAGAGGAGAUAACACAACUCUGCAAAGGAACGCUUUCGAAAGGGGCGGCAUUUUGUACAUUGAAAAUGUGCAACCAUCAGACGCUGGGACCUACCGAUGUCAGGGCGUUGACCAGAUCACAGGAAGUGUCGUCGUCACUAUAAAUACCUACCUCAGAGUGUCACACUCUAGCGCAGGAUCGUCGAGCAGCUAUGGUUCCUCGGCCGUAUCCAGAGGUGGUCAGUACCCGGACUCUUCGUACUCCACCGUCUCUCGAGCAGGUUCGGCGAGCAGGCAAGGCGGAGGACCAUACGAUGGUUACGGUGGAUACUACAACGCAUCUUACGAAGUAGCCAAUAGGAGAACAUACGCUAACAACUAUGAUAUCAUCGAAAGCACCUCGAACGGCACCGACAGGUGCGUGCCGAAAUGUUUCGCGGAAAAAGGAGAUCAGGGCAUGGCGGGUAUUCCCGGACAUCCGGGUGAAAAAGGUGUACGAGGUUACCCAGGAGAGGAAGGAAUGAUGGGAGACAAAGGUGACAAAGGCGAUCAAGGGCCGAUGGGUCCUAGAGGACCGAAGGGAGAACGAGGAAGACAAGGCAUUCCGGGAUAUCCAGGCAUCGGAGGGAUCCAGGGACCUCCGGGCGCCCCGGGGUCCGCAGGUCUGCCAGGGAAAGACGGAUGCAACGGUACAGACGGACCCCCAGGAAUCGACGGGUUCCCGGGCGAGCCGGGUCCAAGGGGAUUCCCAGGCGCGCCAGGUGGCAAGGGCACCAAAGGAGAGGCAGCGCGUUGUGAAAUCAACCUGAAAGGUCAGAAAGGUGAACCAGGAAGAGAUGGAGUCACUGGACCUCCAGGAAACUCGGGACCGCAAGGGCCUCGAGGAUAUUCUGGACCGAUCGGAGAAUCUGGAUUACCGGGUCCCCGCGGUCCUCCAGGCCCCAAAGGCCAGAAGGGCAGUCCAGGUAUCGGAAAAACCGGCGAGAAAGGCGACAAAGGUCAAGAGGGACCCAGGGGACAGAAGGGCGAACCUGCAGACAGCGGACAGCAUAUCAACGAGACAGCUCAAGUAGGGGCCCCUGGCGAUAAAGGCAUGCCAGGAGACAAAGGCGACAUAGGAUUCCCAGGACAGAAGGGUGAGAGAGGGACCGAUGGAGACUACGGCAUUCCGGGAUCCGUUGGAAUGAAGGGAGAAAAAGGAUUAGUCGGACCCCCAGGACCUAGGGGUAGAGAUGGUUUCCCGGGGCCCCCAGGACCAGCGGGUCAAAAAGGUGACCGAGGCCAAGAAGGUAUUCCUGGCCUUCCAGGAAGACCAGGCUUGAAAGGAGAAGCAGGAAGGGACGGACCUGCAGGAUCGGUAGGCUUACCGGGACCUCCAGGACCCCCCGGUGGAGGAAAAGGAUUCCCAGGACCGCCUGGACCGAUGGGACCCAGAGGAUAUCCGGGACCGCAAGGACCCAAAGGUAUGGACGGCUUCCCUGGCGAACCAGGACCCAGAGGUUUGAUGGGACCCCCAGGGGGUCCAGGCAUCCCUGGCACUCCUGGGCCGGAAGGAGCACCAGGUGAGAAAGGUGAAGCUGGAGAAGCGGGAUCGAUUGGGUUCCCAGGAAGCGAUGGUCCAAGAGGGUUCCCAGGACCCCCCGGACCCCAGGGACCUAGAGGAUUGACUGGAGAGAAAGGACUAUCGAUAAUGGGACCUAAAGGAGAAGAUGGUCAACCUGGUCGAGAUGGCCUUAAGGGACAAAAGGGAGAAAAAGGCUUUAUGGGACUUCGAGGAUCCCCCGGCGACGCAUUGAACGGCGUCCCCGGCCGACCGGGCCCCAUCGGACCCGCAGGCGAGAAAGGCAACGCAGGACGACCGGGCAUCCCGGGGUCCCCGGGCAUCCCUGGCGAGAAGGGAGACAUCGGAGGCAGGUGCAUCGAUUGUGUGCCAGGCUCAAGAGGAGAUAAAGGAGACCGAGGGAUGGAUGGAAGAGAUGGACCCAUCGGACCCCGCGGACCUCCGGGCACGCCAGGGUACAUGGGACCGGCCGGAUUCGAUGGUCAACCGGGAUUGGCGGGACCCCCAGGAAAACCGGGCAAACCAGGCAAAGACGGUUUCCCAGGCAUACCUGGCCAACCGGGAAAACCAGCUGUUGUUAGCGUGGAUCAAAUCAGAGGCGAGAAGGGUGACAAAGGAGACAGAGGACCGUACGGACCACCAGGACCUAAGGGACUGCCGGGGCCUGCAGGACCUAAGGGCGAGCAAGGUUUGCAUGGAUUCCCAGGAGAAAAAGGACAAAAAGGAUACGACGGAUUCCCAGGACAGGGCGGAAAACCUGGACAACCAGGGUUCCCAGGCGUCAAAGGACAAAAGGGACACAGCAUUAAGGGUGAACCCGGCUACACAGGUCCCAAAGGUGACAAAGGCAUGGCAGGGUUCCCUGGGCUGAUGGGCCCUAAGGGAGAACAAGGAAGAUGCGUGGCGCCAUUGACGCAGAAAGGACAGCAAGGACCUCAAGGACAGAAGGGCGAUAUGGGAUUCCCAGGAUCCCCUGGAGAUAGAGGCGAAAAGGGAGACCAAGGAAACAGUGGACCUAGAGGAUCUCCAGGUCAAGAAGGUCAACCUGGUCCCGUUGGAAACAGGGGACUUCCAGGACCAAGAGGUGACAAGGGGGAUAUCGGACCCAUGGGCUUCCCUGGGGAACCUGGAAGAGACGGAGCGUCUGGAUUGCCUGGAUUGAUGGGUGGAAAAGGAACUAAGGGAGAUGCGGGUAUUCCGCAAGUAGGACCUCCAGGACCACCUGGUCCGUACGGCUUCAAAGGAGAAAAGGGAAUCCCCGGACCUCCUGGAAAAACUGGAAGACCUGGCAACGACGGCCUGUCUGGGUUGCCCGGAGAAAAAGGAGACGUAGGCGAGCCGGGAUUGAACGGAUUGCCAGGACCUCAAGGACCUAAGGGAGAGCCUGGACCGCUAGGACCAGCUGGAAUCGAAGGUAUCCCGGGCAGGCCAGGUUUGGACGGCCCUAAAGGCGAACCAGGUCGAAGAGGCGAACCAGGCAGACAAGGUUUGGCAGGCUUUCCAGGCGAAAAAGGCGACCAUGGAAUCUCAGGAUUCCCGGGCCUUAAAGGAUUCAAGGGCGCUGUGGGGCGACCGGGCACACCGGGAGCACCGGGAAUGGAUGGAAUGCAAGGAGCACCCGGAGAGAAGGGAGAGAUAGGCAUCAGGGGACCCCCGGGACCGCAGGGAUUGAUCGGCAUGCCGGGAGAGAUGGGCCUGUCAGGGGACAAGGGAAUGCAAGGACCGUUCGGACCACCGGGAUUGCCGGGCCCUCCGGGUUUGUCUGGACUAAAAGGAAUGCCUGGAAUCCCCGGAACGCCAGGUCACAAAGGAGAACCUGGAAGCGCUGCUGAAAAGGGGCAGAAGGGAGAACCCGGAAUACCGGGACUUCGAGGUCAAGAAGGACUACCGGGAGCGCAAGGACCACCGGGACGAAAAGGUGACGCUGGGCCACCAGGCAGAAGCAUUCCAGGCACACCAGGCUUCAAAGGCGACAUCGGCCCUCCAGGUUUGGACGGACUGCUAGGCCGCGAUGGAGAAAAAGGAGACGUAGGACCGUACGGCUUCCCGGGACCCAAAGGAGACUCAGGCUUCCCCGGUCAACCGGGAAAUCCUGGAAUGGACGGCAAAGACGGGCUUCCUGGAUUAAAGGGAGACCUAGGUUAUCCGGGAUCACCAGGAUAUCCAGGUGCAAAGGGCGACAAAGGAAUGCCGGGUUUGAAUGGUUACGACGGUGCUAAAGGAGAUCGAGGACCAUCAGGUCCGCCAGGUUUGAUAGGGUAUCCGGGUCCUAAGGGCGAUCUAGGAGAUCGAGGCGUACCAGGCCCGUUGGUGCAGAUCAAGGGUGACAAGGGUGAAAUGGGACCCUUCGGGGCGCAAGGAAGGCAAGGAGAGAAAGGAGACAGAGGUUUCCAGGGACAGAUCGGUUUGAUGGGCGAGAAGGGAGAUGUCGGCUUCCCAGGGGUCAAAGGACAGAUUGGGCCAUCGGGAAUACCUGGAGCCAAAGGCGAUAGAGGUCCAGCAGGCAGAGAAGGCAUUCCCGGUCUGACGAUGAAGGGCGAAAAGGGUCUUCCAGGUCUACCGGGCAAAAACGGACGCAUCGGUUUGGAUGGAAGGCAAGGCGAAAAGGGAGAACUCGGUCUUCAAGGGCUGCCGGGUAGGAUGGGACCACCUGGACCUCCAGGGCCUCUGGGACCUCAAGGGCCGAAGGGCGAUAGGGGACUGGACGGAGCUCCGGGACCCAUGGGACCUGUCGGACCCCCGGGACUGCCGGGAAUGGAAGGCGCGCCAGGGUACCUAGGAGAAAAGGGUGACCGAGGUCCUCCAGGUUUGAUAGGCGCCCCGGGCGAGAAAGGAGACCGAGGUUUGACCGGAUUGGCUGGUGUUCCCGGCUCAAAGGGCGACAAAGGAGACAGAGGAUUCGAUGGAAUACCAGGAAGACUUGGACCCCCGGGACUCGCAGGACUUAAGGGAGACGCUGGAUUGUCGGGAAUACCGGGAACACCGGGCACACUGGGUAUGAAGGGUCAGAAAGGCGAGGCCGCUCCACCAGGCUUCCCGGGCCCUAAGGGCGAUCGAGGCAAUCCCGGAGUGCCAGGACUUCCAGGACCCGCUGGUCCAGCAGGUCUUGACGGCCUCCCGGGCACUCCUGGACCGAUGGGACUUAAAGGCGACACUGGACUUCCAGGCGUACCGGGCAUCCCGGGUCUGCCUGGCAAGCAGGGAGAACGCGGUAUACAGGGUGAAAUCGGAUUAGAAGGAGCCUUUGGCGAUCUAGGGCCUAAGGGAGAACCUGGACUGCCGUGUGAUUACGCUCCAGAUUAUCUUACAGGAACACUGCUGGUAAGCAAUUGUCAAAUAACAAAAAAAUAUUAACAUCGUGG